GUCGACCUUGAAGGCUGUGUGUAUGGUGUAGGGUGUUCACUUUGUGCAAACGACAGCAAGUCAGUUGUGUGUAGUUUGCGCAGCGUUACCUACUGCCUUAGCGCAAUCCAAUAUUUCUGACUAACUGACAAAAGUUGUACCGAUCAGAAGCAGCUACUCCGUUCAGUUAGUAAAAGCAAUGUCAUACAAGGAAUCUCUUGGAUAUAAAUGCUUUGUUGUGGCAUGCGUUUUGCUAGAGGUCGGUCUCUACAGCGUUCCAGUUCUUGGCUGGCCUUCUCUAGUUUAUAUCUUCAGGGAGGAGAAGUUUUUCGUCGAGCUUUGUGGUUUUGCUGACGAGAGCAAUGGCUUUAAUAGCACGAGCGGGAAUCACACUUACAUGUACCUCGGCUGCCCCGGGGAGAGAGAAUGCUCCUCCCAGGAGGAAAUGCUUAACCUGAUCUACACGACAGCUUUAGUGUCCCUUGUUGCCAUGACACCAUUGGGAUACGUUUACGACCAUUUUGGAACCACGGUGAUUCGUAUCAUAUGCAUGAUAUUAAACGUUGGUGGAGCAGUUUUAAUGGCAUUCGCUCAGAGAGGUACCGAGUGGCUGUUAUUUCCGGGGGCCGCCUUCCACCUUCUGGGCGGUAACAUGUACACUGUGACUGGGAUGCAGAUGCCCCAGUUGUUCCCGUCCAGAAAAAAUACCCUGGGGACCCUGAUGUCUGGGGUAUGUGGCAUGAGCACGUUUACCUUUGUACUAGUCAAGAUCGCUUAUGAUAAUCACAUAUCUCACAAGGCGUCUUUACUCUGUCUUGCCGGUGUCUCGUUUGUUAUUAGCACGGUCACGACGAUUGUCCUUCCUCCAAGAGAGAAGAAAGGAAGCGACAAUGACAAGGAAAAACUUCAGAAGGAAUUGGAUUAUGUACCAAGUUCAUUAGCAGACCAUAAAAAACACACCAUCGACAGGAAUGGUCCCGUUUUCGUCGUUGCACUUACGUGUAAAAAUCACGAAGAGACGAAAGCUAGCGGGAUUCAUGACGAUGUUGCAGAUAAUAAAAAAACCGAAUCAAAUGGCGAAAUUACUGAGAAAGGAGAAGGAUCAACAAUCAUUGGCGAGUUAGCAAGACAAAACAGCACUGUGGAGUUGCUGUCAAAAGAUAGCUUUGCGUCCCUGGAAGCGGUUGCCGUGUCUUCACCUGCAGAUAGGACAGGACACACAAAGACGUUCGGAGACAUCUUACGCAGCCCCAUAUUUUGGAUGACUGAAAUCUGGUUCGUGUGUAAUGUACUGCUAGGAGUGGCAUAUUUUGGCGGUUUCAAUGCGAUGGUCGUGUUCAGGAACACUGGGGAAAGCCACCGGACAAUCAGUCUGUACACAGAUGUGUUUGGCUAUCUGCAACUGGCAGGAGGCAUACCAUUGGCGUUAUUAACAGGGUUUCUUAUUGAGCGUUCCAGUCGAAAACAAAGUAGUGUCGCCAAAGAGGCCGAGCCGAAAGCGUUCCUGUUCUCGUUCCUAGUAACUAGCACUGCAGGGUUACUUGUAUGGGUCUCCUGCGUGAUACCGGUGCUGGAGAUGCAGUUUACCGCCAUGGCGUUCCACUGCAUUCUUGGAACUUUUACCUACGCCACACAUAUAGCUUUUAUUGCCUUUGCAUUUCCAUACGAACAUUUUGGAAAGGCGUUUGGCAUUCAGCGGCUGAUCGCCACGAUGGUGACGGGGCUGCAAUACCCAAUGUUUACCUGGCUAAAAGAUGGUCUGAAAGGCGAUCCGUUUUAUUUUAGUCUCAUGUUGGUGGGCGUGGCACUGCUGUCGUUCAGUCUUCCACUUUACGUGUUUGUCCAGGAGAGAAAAAUGAAGGCGGCGGUUUAGGUCAAGAUGGGCUAUUCAUUUUACCCGGGCUAAAACUGUUGUCUGUAAAGAACCGAUCAACGUAAUUAACAUAUGUCCAAAUGAAAAACAAAACUGAUAUUUGCCUUUUUGAUACUUAGGUUAAUUGUAAUAUUACUCCAAGGCGAGAAGAAUCAUGCGAGAGUUACUACGAAAUGGGAGUCACUUAUACCCUCUACUAGGGCUACACGUUAACUUUUAACCAAAUAUUCACAGAUAUUUCUCUCAUUUAUGUUCUGCGCUUUUCUGUACUGUCAUUUAAAUAUAUAUGUAUUAAAUGGCACGGGUUGACUUUAUAUAUGUCCGCUUUUUACAGCUGAUUUGUUAAGAUUCAGUGCUCCUUUUACAUAAUUCGCAUAUGCAUUGAGGUAAGAAAAUUCAAAGACAAUUUAAUUUUCAGUAUUUUGGCACACAGACUCGCUUCAUUGUGUUAACGUUCCUUUUAUGACUGAAUAUCGGCCAAAACUAGCUGUGUAUUGGGCAGCAAAAAGAUAAAUAAUAAUAAUAAUAAUAAUAAGAUAAAUAAUAAUACUAAUAAUUAAACUGGUCAAAUAUCACAACAAAUGUCUUUCAUGUCAUAUAUAACCUGCUGUUAACAGCGGUUUCCCUACUGGUCUUCGUGCAAAAUAACCGGCUUG